AUGCAUUUACUAAACGUUAUAUUAUCAAUUGUCAUAUACUCCACUGCAUGUUUAGCAAUUGGUUUCAAAGCUCGUAUUGAAAAUAUUCCAAAACAAAUCAUUGAACCCUAUCAUUCCAAUAAUAAAAUUGUUGUAAAUGGUUAUAAUUAUCCAGCUAGAAUAAAAGUCGAUUUAUAUAAUUUGGAUAAAGAUAGCAAUGAUUUCACAAGCUUACCCGCAUUGGUAGAUGAACACUAUUCAUUCAAGUAUGAUGGUUUAUCUGAUGGUGAAUAUGAAUUGGUUGUCAAUUCUUAUGAUUUUGCAUUAUAUAAUAACAGAUAUAGAAUUAUUGUGGAAAAUGAAAAGAUAUUGGCUUAUGAGGAUUAUUUGCAUUCAAAUUCCUACAAUGUAUCAUCUAAGGUUGAUGUCUCACAAACUCCAUUGGUUUUGAAAUAUAGAGAAACCAAGCAAUUUUAUGAAAAGGCAGGUGGAUCAAUAUUUGAUAUUGUAUUGAAUAGUCCACUUGGAUUCAUUUUUAAGAAUAGAACAUAUACUAUUAUAUUCACGGUUAUGGUGGCUGUUCUGGUAGCUCCAUAUAUUCUUCAAGUGGUUAAUCCUGAUUUUGCUGAUCAACUUAAAGAAAUGCAAGCUGAGGUUGCUAACGAACGGGUUGUGAAGUCAUCGUCCUUGUCUCCAACACCACCAUUAGCACAACCACCUGCAAGCAGAGGUGCCACCGCUUCUGGAAGUAGAGGAAAGGAAGGUAGUGCCAGAAAAAGGCGAUAA